AUGGGCAAGAAGACCUCCUCCACCAGGGGCAAGAGGACCUCCCCCACUAUGGGCAAGAGGACUUCCCCCACCAGGGGCAAGAGGACCUCCCCCACCAGGGGCAAGAGGGCCUCCCUCACCAGGGGCAAGAGGACCUCUUCACCAGGGGCAAGAGGACCUCCCUCACCAGGGGCAAGAGGACCUCUUCACCAGGGGCAAGAGGGCCUCCCUCACCAGGGGCAAGAGGACCUCUUCACCAGGGGCAAGAGGACCUCCCUCACCAGGGGCAAGAGGACCUCUUCACCAGGGGCAAGAGGACCUCCCUCACCAGGGGCAAGAGGACCUCUUCACCAGGGGCAAGAGGACCUCCCUCACCAGGAGCAAGAGGACCUCCCCCACCAGGAGCAAGAGGACCUCCCCCACCAGGGGCAAGAGGACCUCUUCACCAGGGGCAAGAGGACCUCCCUCACCAGGAGCAAGAGGACCUCCCCACCAGGGGCAAGAGGACCUCCCCCACCAGGGGCAAGAGGACCUCUUCACCAGGGGCAAGAGGACCUCCCUCACCAGGAGCAAGAGGACCUCCCCCACCAGGAGCAAGAGGACCUCCCCCACCAGGGGCAUGAUGACCUCCUCCACCAGGGGCAAGUGGACCUCCUCCACCAGGGGCAAGAGGACCUCCCCCACCAGGGGCAAGAGGACCUCCCCCAACCAGGGGCAAGAAGACCUCCCCCACCAGGAGCAAGAAGACCUCCCCCACCAGGAGCAAGAAGACCUCCCCCACCAGGGGCAUGA